CCCCCACCUUCCUCGCCCCACUCUACCACAGGAAUCAUGGUUAAGAAGGCAAUUGACAAGCGCAUUCCUGAUCUUAUCCGAAAUGGUGUUCAGGUACAAAUUCUUCUCCAAGUCCACUUCAGUGCUUAAGGUACUCACAGUCGUAAAGGAAAAGAAACGCAGCUUCUUCGUUGUUGUCGGCGACCGAGGGAAGGAUGUCAUCUUGAACUUGCACUAUAUUCUCGGGAGUGCCGACCCCAAGCAGAACAAGUCCGUCCUGUGGACUUACAAAAAAGACCUUCUCGGAUUCUCGAGUCAUCGGAAGAAGCGAGAGGCUAAAAUCAAGAAGGAGGUCAAGCGAGGGAUUCGGGAGGCUAAUGCUGAGGAUCCGUUCGAGCUUUUUAUCAGUCUCACCAACAUCCGGUACUGUUACUACAAGGAGACUGAGAAGAUUUUGGGUAACACAUAUGGAAUGUGUAUCAUACAAGACUUCGAGGCUCUGACUCCGAAUUUGCUGGCGAGGACGAUUGAGACGGUUGAGGGAGGUGGGCUGGUCAUCCUACUAUUAAAGACUAUGACCAGUUUGAAGCAGCUUUAUACGAUGACUAUGGAUAUACACUCAAGGUACCGAACAGAAGCCCACGGAGAUGUGGUUGCUAGGUUCAACGAGAGAUUUAUUCUCUCCCUUGCCGAUUGCGCCAGCUGUUUAGUAGUAGAUGAUGAACUCAAUGUUCUUCCAAUCUCGGGUGCAAGAGGCGUUACUGCUCUGCCGCCUGUAUCUUCAGAAGAAGGAAUGACAGAGCAGAAACGAGAGCUGCUGGAACUGAAAGAGAGCCUUUCCGAGGUUCAGCCUGUCGGUUCCCUAGUGGACAUUUCAAAAACAGUAGAUCAAGCCAAGGCGAUCAUGACUUUCGUAGAUGCAAUCACCGAGAAAACCCUUAGAAGCACAGUUACACUUACAGCCGGACGAGGAAGAGGAAAGUCCGCAGCAUUAGGCGUAGCCAUUGCCGCGGCCGUUGCACACGGGUACUCUAAUAUUUUCAUCACUUCACCGAGUCCUGAGAACUUGAAAACCUUGUUUGAGUUCAUCUUUAAAGGCUUUGACGCUCUAAACUACAGCGACCAUCUCGAUUACGAUAUUAUUCAGUCGACAAACCCAGCUUUCAACAAAGCAAUUGUCAGGGUUAAUAUCCACCGCCAACACAGGCAAACUAUUCAAUAUAUCCAACCCCAAGAUGCUCACGUUCUCGGGCAGGCAGAGUUGGUAGUUGUUGAUGAAGCAGCCGCAAUUCCCCUUCCACUUGUUAAGAAGUUGAUGGGGCCCUACCUUGUAUUCAUGGCAUCAACGAUCAAUGGGUACGAGGGAACCGGUCGCUCACUCUCCCUAAAGUUGAUCCAGCAAUUGCGAGACCAAAGCCUGCGCGAAGCUACGCUUUCUGAACCGAUCCGGUACGCGCCGAAUGAUCCCGUCGAGAAAUGGUUAAACAAUCUCCUCUGCCUCGACGCUACCCUCCCCAGCAAUCGCAGCACUGUACACGGAACCCCAGACACUGCGAAAUGUGAGCUUUUUUACGUUAAUCGAGAUACCUUAUUUUCCUAUCACCCGAAUAUCCCAGACCCUCUGUGCGUGAUUCAAGUGUCAUUGGAAGGCCAGAUCUCUCGAGAGUCUGUGCAGCAGAGUUUGGCUCGAGGGAGGAGGGAAGGUGGAGACAUGAUCCCUUGGCUUGUUUCUCAACAGUUUCAAGACGAGGGCUUUGCAAGCCUUUCUGGUGCGCGAGUCGUUCGGAUUGCGACCAACCCUGAUUAUACCGGAAUGGGCUAUGGAUCUCGAGCUCUCCAACUCCUCACUGACUUUUACGAAGGGAAGUUCCAAUCACUUGACGAAGGAGCUACCUAUGUCGAUGAAGGGAUGGUUCGUGUGACUGAUGAAGAAAUCGAGAAUUCGACCCUUCAAACCGAUAAUAUCAAAAUCCGCGAUAGGGAAUCCUUACCCCCACUGCUUCUGAGAAUGUCGGAAAGAAGGCCCGAUACUCUAGAUUACAUUGGCGUGUCAUACGGUUUAACAGAUAAACUUCACAAGUUUUGGAAAAAACAAAAAUUCGCUCCGGUAUACCUCAGGCAGACGGCUACUGAGUUAACUGGAGAGCAUUCUUGCGUAAUGAUAAAGACUUUGGCUAGCAAAGAUAACGAUUGGUUGGGGGCGUUCGCUAGAGACUUCCACAAACGCUUUCUCACCUUACUCUCUUACGAGUUCAGAAAAUUCCCGGCUGUAUUAGCCUUAACUAUUUUCGAAUCCGCAAAUGCCGGGGCAAGGCUUUCGGGACAGGAAGAUCUUCCUCUAACAAAGGCCCAGCUGGACGAAUACCUCUCACCCUUCGAUUUAAAACGUCUGGAAUCCUACGCAGACAAUAUGCUCGACUACCAUGUAAUCGUAGACAUGAUCCCCCUCAUCGCUCAACUAUACUUCACCGGCCGCCUACGAGGAUCCGUUAAGUUAGCUGGCGUUCAGCAAGCUGUCUUGAUGGCCAUCGGACUGCAAAGGAAGACACUGGAAGACAUCGAAAAAGAGCUGAACCUUCCACCCGCACAGGUCCUCUCCAUGUUCCAGAAGACCAUCCGAAAGGUUGCUACAUGUUUCCGACAUCUCCUCUCCCAAGCAAUCUCCGAGACACUCCCGCAAGAGGCCGGAAAACCAAAACAGAAAAAGAUCAACGGCGGCGACAACAAUAACGAAAUAGAAACAGAUGAAUUCUACCCUGUCGAGCAAUCCCUCGCAGACGACCUCCAAGAAGGCGGAGAGGAAGUCAUUGCGAGCAUGAAGUUGAAGGAGAAGCAGAGGGAGUUGAUUAAUUCUUUGGAUCUUUCAAAGUACGAAAUCCCCUCAACCGAAUCCGCGGACUGGGAGAGCGCCGAGAAGCAGAUCAAGUCUGCUACAAGUAAAAACAGCAGCGGCAAGAGCACCGUUGUCAGCGUCAAGACCAAGAGCCAUAAUAAGCGGAAGGCGGGCGAGACGGUGACGGAGAUUUACGAACAGGAAAUGAGGAAGGUGCACAAAAAGGGGAAGAAGAGUAAGAGUAAGAAAUGA